AUGACUGGACGCCAUGGAUAUGAAGGACGCCCGGAGCGUCAGAACGAGUACUUUAUCCCUGGUGAUGGAAUUAGCCGGGAAGUCAUCCAAGCAGACAUUUGCCGUUACCUUGGAAAUGAUGCACUCGUAAGACCCGGAAACCAUAAUGGUCGCCAGGGCUACUUCAUCCGUGCUUAUCGAAAUCUGACUUCUGAGAUGAUUGCUGAUCUCAAAGCGGACUCCGCUCGCUGGGAAGCAGAUGUCAUGCGUCGGGCUGACCAAGGCUAUCCAAGAGGUAGUUACAUUCACGACUACAACGUUCGUCAAGCCCCUAACGUGGUCCCAGCGCCUUACGCAGCUUCUUCUAUUCAUGAAGUGCGCCAGCAAGGAGGCCCGUCACCACCACAACCACCUAGUCAACCCUAUGUGGAUCCGUACACUCAGGCCCCGUACGGUGCAACCCAGAGCCCCCCAUACACAGCUCCAUCAUCAUAUCCUUCAAGUCAUUCGCCUUUUGCGGCAGGACAGAAUCCUUACCCUCCGCAAGUCCCUUACUCUGCUCCAGGCCAACCCCCAGUGUCUGCCGACAUGCACCCAUCAUACACCUACACGAGCAACACUGGCUACCCCUAUGAGAACGGGAGAAGUAAUGCUCCACGCUACACAGGACCUGGCUACGAAACCGAGUCGGACUAUUCCCCGGUCACCUCUGGAAUGACUUAUCCUGCCACAACAGCUCCCGAUCCCCGGAUAGGAAUGGAUCCCAGAUAUACCCCGGAGUAUGAUCGCAACAGGCCACAGGCAACAAGAGAGAGCCAGGCCCCGCGUCGAACCCGGUAG